GCUGCUUACCGGGCAGUGUGGAUGGCAUGCAGGGGGAUGGUGAAGGAUGGGGCCAGAGGAAGGAAGGACAUGCCCGCCCAGCCGUGUUUGGGAUGCUGCCUCCCUGGAGAGGGGUCAUGAAGCCUAGCAGGCAGUGGAGCCCAGAAAAUCACCUUGGUUGGCAUAUUCAGCCAGCAAGAAAGAGAGGAUCAUCAGGCGCAGUGGCUCACACCUGUAAUCCCAGCACUUUGGGCGGCCGAGGAGGGCAGAUCAUGAGGUCAAGAGAUCGAGACCAUCCUGGCCAACAUGGAGUCUAUAAAGCAUCAACUCAAAGUGAGAAGAAGUGGACACAUAUUCUAAGGGAGCUCCCCAGGACAAAAGGAAGAUGGAGGAAAUGGUCUCUGAAGGCUCAAAGCAGCUCCCCCUGCCCCGUGUAGAGCGCUGAUGAGAUGGCAAUUUAAACUGCUUUGAUGACCAGGUUUCAUUAGGAUCAACGGAUGAAAAGACUGAGAUUGUAUACAUGUAAAUACCAAGUUCAGUGAGUUUCCAUGGCCUCUUCUGUCUUAAUACAACUUACCAAACAAUCCAGACAGAUUUCUGCCUCCACUUUGUUGAUUUACCCAGGGAAGUGGGGAAAGUAAGAAGUAAUUUGGACUCUUCUAGAGGAGAGCAGGCACAAACUAAGCCAAGAAAAGCACGUUUGAGAAUUCCAGAGGCAGAAGUUGCUUCUGGGUGCCUGACGUCAACGAUCCAGCACUUCAAGACUGGUGUGCGGCAUCAUCAGGGGACACUGUGUCCUGGGCACCCCUGCAGUUUAAGAGAAUCCACUAGUUUAUAAGAAAUGAGCCGUCAGACUGCUACAGCAUUACCUACCGGUACCUCGAAGUGUCCACCAUCCCAGAGGGUGCCUGCCCUGACUGGCACAACUGCAUCCAACAAUGACUUGGCGAGUCUUUUUGAGUGUCCAGUCUGCUUUGACUAUGUGUUACCACCCAUUCUUCAAUGUCAGAGUGGCCAUCUUGUUUGUAGCAACUGUCGCCCAAAGCUCACAUGUUGUCCAACUUGCCGGGGCCCUUUGGGAUCCAUUCGCAACUUGGCUAUGGAGAAAGUGGCUAAUUCAGUACUUUUCCCCUGUAAAUAUGCCUCUUCUGGAUGUGAAAUAACUCUGCCACACACAGAAAAAGCAGACCAUGAAGAGCUCUGUGAGUUUAGGCCUUAUUCCUGUCCGUGCCCUGGUGCUUCCUGUAAAUGGCAAGGCUCUCUGGAUGCUGUAAUGCCCCAUCUGAUGCAUCAGCAUAAGUCCAUUACAACCCUACAGGGAGAGGAUAUAGUUUUCCUUGCUACAGACAUUAAUCUUCCUGGUGCUGUUGACUGGGUGAUGAUGCAGUCCUGUUUUGGCUUUCACUUCAUGUUAGUCUUAGAGAAACAGGAAAAAUACGAUGGUCACCAGCAGUUCUUCGCAAUUGUACAGCUGAUAGGAACACGCAAGCAAGCUGAAAAUUUUGCUUACCGACUUGAGCUAAAUGGUCAUAGGCGACGAUUGACUUGGGAAGCGACUCCUCGAUCUAUUCAUGAAGGAAUUGCAACAGCCAUUAUGAAUAGCGACUGUCUAGUCUUUGACACCAGCAUUGCACAGCUUUUUGCAGAAAAUGGCAAUUUAGGCAUCAAUGUAACUAUUUCCAUGUGUUGAAAUGGCAAUCAAACAUUUUCUGGCCAGUGUUUAAAACUUCAGUUUCACAGAAAAUAAGGCACCCAUCUGUCUGCCAACCUAAAACUCUUUCGGUAGGUGGAAGCUAGACACAUGAAGGUAAAUAAAAAGAAAGGCUGUUAAAUACAGGAAACAGUUGCAUGUAGUAACACUAAUAUAUUUAAAAAUAAGUCAACAGUAAACCACUGAAAAAAUGUAUGUAUAUACACCCAAGAUGGGCAUCUUUUGUAUUAAGAAAGGAAGCAUUGUAAAAUAAUUCCGAGUUUUGUGUUUGUUGUAGAUUGAUUGUAUUGUUGAAAAAAAGUUUGUUUUUGCGUGGGAGUGUGUGUGUGCGUGGGUGUGUGCGUGUUUGGGUUUUUUUCCUUUAACUGACAAGCCAUCUUGAGUGGUCAUGGGCCACUGCUUUUCCCUUUGUGAGUCAAUACAUAGUGCUGCUGUGUGCUUUUUUUGUGUGUGUGUAUUUGCUAAUUUUUAUUAAUUUUAGUUUUUCAUUAAAUAAAUUUGACUUUUCUGUAAUUCAGGUUUUUCCUUUUUUGUACCAUUUUAAAGUUAGUAUCUUUUGAUAUGCAUAUUUGUUUAUGGUAAAAAAUUUAUAACGUGUUCAAUAUUUUCUUUUCCCCCAUUAAUCAGUUCAUUAGAAAUAUUUUAAAAUCAGCUAUUUUGUGAAGCCAUGAGUUCCAGAAAGUAAAGGUGACAUCGGAAAAAUGAUCAAAAGCUAUUUAAAGCAUCUAUAAGAUGCUCUCUUUCUGUCUUCUACAGAUGAGUCACACCUUUGAGCUUAAUCUUUGAAAGGUUAGAGAAUAAAUUGAUUUUUAUAAAUAUUGCAAAUCAGGCUUUUGUUUCCUUUUUCACAUAUCUUGGACAAAUCACAUGUUUUAAAAUUUGUUCUUGUAUUUAUUGGUUUUGCAGAAGAAGGCAUCGUCAUGCACAGUAUUUGUAAUUAAAAGCAAAUCAUUUGUUUAAAAGCAGUUUGCAAAAAAUGUUUUUGGUCUUUUAUAAUUCUCAUUAAAAGAAUAUCUGGCAAAUUAAAAAAA